AUGUAUUUCAUUUGGCUUACAGUAUUAGCUUUCUUUAUUAGAAUAUUAAUGAUCCUUUUCUCACAAUGGUAUGACAAUGAUGACACAGGUGUUCAUUACACCGAUAUUGACUACAAAAUAUUCACAGAUGCAGCUCAACAUAUGUGGGAAGGUAACUCUCCCUAUAUGAGACCAACAUACAGAUACACUCCAUUAAUAGCCAUGUUACUUAUACCAAAUAUUUUACUACACAACUGUUGGGGGAAGCUAUUAUUUUCAGCGUUUGAUUUGGCUAUUGCCAUUAUUAUACGUAAAUUAGUUUCAAAAUCCCAUCCUGGUCUUAGUAAUGUGUGUGCUUACUUAUGGUUAUACAAUCCUUUAAGUAUUGUUAUUUCAACUCGUGGAAAUGCUGAUUCUAUUUCUUGUUUUCUUGUUCUUAUAACAUUGCUUGCUCAUAUCAAAAGUCGUUAUAUAUUAUCUGCAAUUUUUCUUGCAAUAUCUGUGCAUGUACGGAUUUAUCCCAUUAUUUAUUGUUUAGUAUAUUAUUUGUCUAUUGGUUCUGAUAAUAAUUAUUCAUCGCUAUCUAAAAUGAUUCUUAUUCGGCUUUUCCCUUCUCGCAAGAAAAUAUUAUUUGUUGUCACAUUUAUUUUGUCAUUAAUUGUAGUAACAUGGCCUUGGCAUUAUUUUUAUGGCCAACAGUUUUUGGAUGAAGCAUAUUUAUACCAUAGUCGUCGAUUAGAUGUACGUCAUAAUUUUUCCAUUUAUUUUUAUUUUAAUUAUUUACUAUCUAGCUUUGAUAAAACAUCAAUAAUAUACAGUAUAGCAACAAAACUUCCUAUGUUAAUACUAUUAGUGUCCACGUCAUUCAAAUUUUCCAGUACCAAAGACUUACCUUUCUGCUUGUUUUGUUUAUCUUUUAUUAUGGUUGCAUUUAACACUGUCAUGACUUCUCAAUAUUUUGUAUGGUUUGUGUCAUUUUUACCAUUGUGUUAUCCAUUUAUUAACCUAACGUGUACUGAAACUAUAAAUCUGGUCAUGAUUUGGGUAGUACCUCAAAUUGGAUGGCUUUCAUUUGCUUAUUGCUUAGAGUUCUUAGGUUUCAAUACAUUUCAGUUAAUUUGGGUUGAAUCACUUAUGUUUUUUUUAGCCAAUGUUAAAGUUUUAUCAAUAACAAUUGAUUACUAUAAAUGUAACAAGUUAAAAAAAAAAUUGUAA